GAGCCUAAUUUUUAUUGGUCGAAAAUUAUAAAAUAAUAAAAAGACUAUCACCGCGUCGGCUUGAAAUUUACUUGGAACGUUCAGGCCCGAAUUUCUCCGCUUCGUCUGUUCAUGAAUUGGCAAGAGAAGGUUAUUGAAUUUUGAGGCUGCCAAAGUUUGUUUCUUCACUCUUUUGAUCUCAAUUGGAAUUAAAGAGUAAGAGUCGUGUUGUUCAGUAUGAUCAUACGCUGUUAGAGGCACCAAUUUCAAUUCAGAUAUGGCUCUUGCUGGUUCUUUGCAAUUAUCCCAGAAUUUGGGACUUUGCAAGAACCACAAGUGCAGUAAACAAUUCAAGUUUCAGAGUGUAUUGGGGAGGGGGAAGUUAUCUUUACUGACCACGACCCUCUCGUCGCGUGCCUGGAAUCGGCAGCCUGAUCCUUGGAGUAUCCAUCUCUCAGAAACUUUUUACAGGCCAGCACAAUCUGUACUAUGCAGAAGUAAUGCUUUUAAGUGUCAAUGUUUUCUACCACCAGGCCAGGCGUUCGGACAUCCUGGUAUAAAGGGUGCAUCCAUGGCACUGACAAGGUCAUACAAUGCUUUGCAAGGCAGCCCUUUCCUAGGUAAGAUGGUCCCAGCUGUUGGUAUCAUUCUUUUUGCUGUAUGGGGUCUGGGGCCACUCUUGCGUCAGAGCAGAAAUUUACUACAUAAGAAUGAUAAUAGUUGGAAAAAGAGCGGCACAUAUUAUGUAAUGACUUCAUAUAUUCAGCCUUUGCUGCUAUGGACUGGAGCAAUACUAAUAUGCAGAGCACUAGAUCCAAUGGUUCUACCUACAGAAUCCAGCCAGGUGGUUAAGCAACGACUUUUGAACUUUGUGAGAUCACUAUCAACUGUGCUGGCCUUUGCCUAUUGUUCAUCAAGUGUGAUUCAGCAGGCACAGAAAUUCUUGAUGGAGACCAGUGACUCCAGUGAUCCAAGAAAUAUGGGCUUCCAGUUUGCCGGGAAAGCUGUUUACUCUGCAGUUUGGGUUGCUGCUGUUUCGCUGUUCAUGGAGUUGCUGGGUUUUUCUACUCAGAAAUGGCUAACUGCUGGAGGUCUUGGGACAGUGUUGCUGACUCUUGCUGGUCGUGAGAUAUUUACAAACUUCCUCUCGAGUGCAAUGAUUCAUGCAACCCGGCCUUUUAUUGUGAAUGAGUGGAUCCAGACAAAGAUUGAAGGAUAUGAAGUUUCCGGUACAGUUGAGCAUGUGGGUUGGUGGUCUCCAACAAUUGUAAGAGGAGAAGAUCGUGAAGCAGUUCACAUUCCAAACCACAAGUUCACAGUGAAUGUUGUGAGGAAUUUGAGCCAAAAAACUCAUUGGCGAAUUAAAACCCACCUAGCCAUUAGUCAUUUGGAUGUGAAUAAGAUUAAUAAUAUCGUUCAUGAUAUGCGCAAAGUCUUGGCCAAGAAUCCUCAAGUUGAGCAGCAGAGGUUGCAUAGAAGAGUUUUUCUGGACAAUAUCAAUCCUGAGAAUCAAGCUCUUUUGAUCUUGGUAUCCUGUUUUGUAAAAACAUCUCAUUUUGAAGAGUAUCUUUGUGUGAAGGAAGCUAUAAUGUUGGAUCUUCUUCGAGUCAUUAGCCAUCACCGUGCCCGACUUGCCACACCAAUCCGUACAGUGCAGAAAAUAUACGGUGAUGCAGAUUUAGACAACAUUCCAUUUGGAGAUUCAACCUUUAGACACGGUGGGGCGGGGUCCAACCGUCCUCUGCUGCUGAUUGAACCUUCUUACAGAAUCAAUGGAGAGGAUAAGACAAAAUCACAAGCUCGUGCAGCCCGCACUACUGGAGAGCAAGAUGGGAAGGCCACAGUGCGGCCUGUACCGGACACCAAAGCAGAUCCUAAGGUUGGAGCAAUACCAAAAUCCGAAUCUGGGUCCAAAGAAACUUCGUCGGAGGGGAAGACUGCUGCACGGCCUGUACCGGACACAAAAGUAGAUCCUAAGGUUGGAGCGAUACCAAAAUCCGAAUCUGGGUCCAAAGAAACUUCAUUGGAUUGGAAGACCGCCGCACGCCCUGUACUGGACACAAAAGUAGAUCCUAAGGUUGGAGUAAUACCAAAAUCCGAAUCUGGGUCCAAAGAAACUUCAUUGGAGGGGAAGACUGCUGCACCGCCUACACCUGAUACCAAAUCGGAUUCUAAGGUAGGAGCAAUGGCGAAGUCUGACCCAAGGGCCACAGAACUAUCAGCUUUUGACUCAAGGGCCUCAGAAACGCCACCAUCUGACUCCAAGGCAGAUGCCAGUAGCAAUCUAUCAAAUUUGCAAACCAGCAAAGACACCAAGGCGACAGCAAAGACAAAUUCAAAGGUUGCUGAAACGUCAAAUUCUCACUCCAAAGCUGUUGGCUCAGUUUCUGAGAAUUCAUCCCCAAACAAAAAGAUCUCUGAUAGCAAGCAACAGUCUAGGAAUGCAAGUCUGAGGAAUGGUGAGCAAUACAGCAAGCUUGAUAAUCGUUCUGUUUCCUCUUCUGAAAUUGGUAUAGACAAAGCAGGUAGAAUACCAGAAUCUACGCAAUCAAAACAGGAUGGAGAUAGAAAAUCGGUCUCACAGUUGCCAUCAUCAAGGACAGCAUUGGAGGAAAAUAUAGUUCUUGGUGUUGCAUUGGAUGGGUCAAAGAGAGUCCUUCCUAUUGAAGAAGAGAUGGUUUGCCUUCCAAAUCCUGUUGAGGGAAAGGACUCGCCUGGCACCCGCCUUAAUGGAGAGAGUCCUGCACCCGCCAAGAAAGAUGGCAAAGAUGUCCAAAUUCCAGUUCCUCCCAUGUCAACCUCGGUCAAUCAGCGAGAUUAGUCAGGUUGAUUGGAUGCAUUCUCUAUACUCCUAACUUGUAACUUCUUCCUUGAAUGUAGGGUAAGGAACUGUGAAUCUCAUGUGUCUUGUCAUACCAUAUACCAUGGACAUGUUGUCAACUCGACUUUGGUUAUUCAGUUAGCGACACAUUACAUGUUUCUAGCGAUUUACAUGGCGUCAUCAAAUGUCUUGUAAGAUUGUCGUCAAUACCAAAUCAGAUCAAAGAUUUUAGCUUUUCCAA